AUGGUCUACCCCUUUGAACUCCCGACAACUUCUCACCUCUCUUUUCAAUCUGCCCUCUCAUCUCACACACACCCAUCCCUUCCGCAGUCCGCAACGACAGCCCGACAUGCCCUCCGCCUCGCCCUCAAGGCCCACAACCGCCUACCCCGCGGUUUCCAGCGUGACUCCCACCUAACCUCCGUUCUCUCCGCAAUUAACGACUAUCUCCCAUAUGUCGUCGCGUUGGCCCAAGGGCUCAAUAAUGGGAAGCCAAUUGAUACUACGACGCCGUCGACUACAACACACCUCGAAGAAAUCAGAGUAGCCCAACGCGCCGAGCUCGAGCCCGAAUGGCGCGCGACUCUAGCUUCAAGCUCUCUACGCCGUCCUUCCACGAACCGCACUCGCGGAACGGGAGUCCAGUAUGAGCUUGCCUUUAUACUCACAACACUGGGCUAUAUCUUGUCCUCUCUCGCCCGGUCAGGUGUCACCCGUACACUAUAUGCGUCUACAACACCGAGCGCAGAGCAACGCACAGCAGCCGUCCAGACCGCAACCAAGCACCUCCUACAAGCGAGCACCAUACAUUCGUUCCUGUCUUCAUCCCCAUACUUCGCAACAGUCUCUGAAGCAGCUACAUUGCCGGACCUGGCACCCGCAACGCAGGCGGCACUAUCAUCGCUGGCAUUAGCAGAAGCAACACUCCUGACCGUGUUGAAAGAUGACUCCUACGUUGUGGCUUGCAUCCAAGCCCGCAACCCCAAUGAUAAAGACUGGAUGGUGCGGGCACCAGAGAUACCCAAAGUCCGUGCACACCUCUUUGCGCGGCUGUGUAUUCGCGCCGCCGAGUAUGCCGAACAAGCUGCCACAGGCCUGAGUUCUGUAGCGGCGGAGGGCCGGAAAGCAGGUGUUGACGAGGACGUUGCCAGGUAUGCCCAUGUUUUGGGCCUAGUUGCCCGCGCAAGAGCAUGCCGGUUUUUCGGGGUAGAUGCGGAGCUUGCGGGGAAGGUUGGUGAGGGUAUCGCCUGGCUCCGCGCAGCGAAGGGCGCCUUGGGACUACGAAACACGGGCUCUGCAUCUGCAGAAGAGGUUACGACGAAGAGCCGGGGCUUGUCAAAAUUGAAGCUGGGUUUCCGGGAGAGACGUGAGGAGCGUAAACUAGAGAAGGGUGCGGGGGGUGAGCGCGUGGAUAAGGGCGGAUUAGGGCCUGGGGAUAAUGCAGGUCGAGAGGAAGAGGGGCGAGUACUCGAGAUGUUGGAGACGAAGUGGGUAAGGGCUAAUGAUACACUGAAUACGCAAUUAAUCCCUUCGUCAGCGGACUAUGUCGCCAACCUCCCCUCUGGCCGUGAUGUCCUUCCACCUCAGCCUCCAUAUACCCCGCCUUCUCUAGAUGAGGAGCGUCUGUUCCAGAUGCGCGGCCCUCCUACGGAACUUGAACUUAAUCCUGGAAGUGAUGAUGGGGACAGUGACUUUGAAAGCCAGGCUGCAGGUGACGCACAUACACCUGGGGCGUUUCCAGGGCGGGCCGAUAAUGCUUACUAUUGA